AUGGGUCCUCAAUCAAAAUUUUUGGCAUUAUUACAAACUCUUAAAGAUGAAAUUUUAAAAGAAAAAGAAAUUUUGUCAUCCAAAAGUAAUAGUGAAGUUUUGUCAGAGAGUUCAAAUGCUAUUGAUAUCCAAAAUAUAGAAAUGGUUAUUUCAGAAGAUGAUUUCAAUUUUUUUAAUAAUGAACAAUCAUCUUUAAAUAUUUCACCUGAUGAAUCGUCCUCAACACAAUUAUUUUUGCAAGGUAUGAACUCAGAUGAUUGUUCACUUGGAAUUCAAAAUAUUUUUCCUUCUGAAAACCAAUCAACAUAUUUUAUACCUUAUUAUAAAGAAGGCAAUAUUGUUAGUCCAAAUAGAGGAAAAUUAUUUGAUAAAUAUUGUAAUAUUAAAAGAAAAAUUAUAAAAAUAAAUCCUUCAAACAAAAGAAAACAUGAUGAUGAACCUCAGUUAAAUCUUUGUGAAGAUUAUGAGGAUUCUCUUACUUGGUUGAAAAAUCAAGUUGAACCUGAAAUUAUUCUUCAUAAGCUUUGGAAUGAAACCUCUCUACACAGGCUUAAAUUACAUAAAAAUGACAAUAUGAUGAACGUAUAUCCAGCUUUGAAAAAACCCACUGGUCAUUGUCUUGUUGAUAUUGAUUUUGCUCAUCUGUAUCCAGAUAAAACAAUGUGCCUUUUUCAAAAAUUUGAAACAUUCAAAAAUAAGCUAAAAAUAUACCUCAGUAAAAAUUGUAUUAAUAUUGGUUCACAAGGAUUAAAACUCUUCAAAAUACUUGAAACUCCUUUAAAGGCUGGAGAUGAUGAUUUGGCUGCAUUCCAACUAAUUCCAUUUUUAUUAUCACCAGUUAAUGUUGCUUUAAACAACAAACAAAUUCUCAGACCAUCAAAAAUUGAACAAUUGCAUGCUUUUAUUGUGAAUAUUCAAAAUGUUAAUGAACUGAAAACAACACAUAGACAGAAGAUAGAUUCAGCAUUAAGCUUGGGUUUAACUGUACAACCCUAUGUUGUGGUUGUUGGAAACAUUAAUGAAGCGGACAGUUCUAUGCAAUAUUUUACUAUCAUCGAUGACGUUCAAUUUCUUCUUGAAACUUUGCUGAAAGCAAUUGAUCUCUGUUUCAAACUGUUUCAUGUACUAAAUUUAAAAUAUUCACCUCAAGCACAACAAGUAUGGAAUUUUUUCGAACAUUAUUUUUAUGAUAUUUCUGAUCAGAAGAAAGGAAGAAAAUUUUUAUCUAUUCAAAGUAGUGAUGGGCACUACCGAAUAGUUUACACUAUCGAAUAGUAUUCGAUAGUUUGAAGAAACUAUCGAAUAUCUAUUCGAAUGUUUUUUACAUAACCGAAUAAUAGUUUUUAAAUAAAAACUAUCGAAUAGGUUGAUAAACUAUCGAAUAGUUCGGAAGACUAUUCGAAUAGCACUAUCGAAUAGGUUGAUAAACUAUCGAAUAGUUCGGAAGACUAUUCGAAUAGCACUAAUAGCACAUCGAAUAGUUCGAAUAAGUUUCAAUUUCAAAUAGUUUUAUUAUGGAGAUGGACUAUUCGAAUAUUUCAAUUCGUAAAUUAUUACUAGAGCAUAGAAUUAUAUGCAUUAAAAAAUAAAAACCAACCAAAUAUGCCCUUCAAUAUUUUAAAUAUGCGCUAAAACAGUAAAACGUUGAAAUAUGCAAAAAAUAAAAAAUAUCCAUAAAAAAUAUGAUUUAUUAAAAAAAAACAUCCAAAUAUACAAUUAAAAUCGUAAAAUAAAGCCUUCAAAAUAGAAAAAAAAUGGAUAAAUAUUAAAUAUUUGCAAAAAUAUGCACUAAAAAAGUUUCAUUUUUAAAAUCGUUAUGCUAUGAAACAAUAUUUUAUGCUCACUUAGCAUAUCAUACAAUCAGCCAGAAUAAAUAUGCAAAUGCGUAUAAAUCCGCGCAUAGGUAUAUAGUAUAUACCUAACAAUAUGUGUAACCAUCCGGGUUUUUACUUUUUAGUUUUUAGCGACGAAUCCUUUAAAUUCUU